ACUUAUUUUUGCUGUAUUGCAUUUUUAUUUUGUAAUUAUUUUAGUAAUGAAAAAAACUUUAUAAUAAAAGGGUGGAAUGUAAUAUAAACUUUGAUUGUUGUUUAAGCUAUUAUCAUGUUGUACAAACUUCAUCAAUGUCUGUCACAACAUUCUUUUAUCCAUUAUAAUAACUUGUUUUGUAAUCGAAUCAAAAGACAAAUAUCAAUAUCUAAAACAGUAUUAGCUCUACCUCCUAAUAGUGUUAUGUACGUUUUCGACCGAAACUCAAAGUUGUUGCAAAGGGAACGUGCAGCACAAGCACCAGAUGUCAAUGUUUAUGACUAUAUAAAAGAUGAAGUAGGUUAUAGACUUUCAGACAGAAUAUUUGAUAUUAAAAGAAAAUUCAAAAGAGCUUUGGAUUUAGGCUGUGGCCGUGGAUAUAUUUCAAAAUACAUUUUAAAAGAAUCAGUUGAUGAGCUUGUUUUGGCAGAUUUAAGCCCAAGUUGGCUGGAACAAGCACAAUCAUCAGAAGGAGUUAAAGUUGUAAAAAAGAUUCUUGAUGAAGAAGAGUUUUCACUUGAGCCAGAGAGUUUUGACUUUGUUGUAAGUUGUCUAAGCUUACACUGGGUCAAUGAUUUACCUGGAUGUUUUAGUCGAAUAAUGAAUUGUCUUCAAAAAGACGGUGUAUUUAUGGCUGCUGUAUUUGGUGGUGAUACACUCUACGAAUUAAGGGGAUCUUUGCAAUUGGCAGAAUUAGAAAGAGAUGGUGGUAUAGCACCACAUAUUUCACCUUUUACUGAGAUUAGAGAUAUUGGUAGUUUAUUGACAAGAGCAGGUUUUUCAAUGUUGACUAUUGAUACAGAUGAAAUUGUCAUUGGAUAUCCAUCUAUAUUUGAACUUAUGUGGGAUUUAAAAGGGAUGGGAGAAAAUAAUGCUGCAAAAAAUAGAAAAUUACAUUUAAAAAGAGAUACAUUACUAGCUGCUUCUGCUAUUUACGAUGAAAUAUAUGGUAAAUUGAAAGAUGAUGGAACUAGAUAUAUGCCAGCUACUUUCCAAAUUAUUUAUAUGGUUGGCUGGAAACCAGAUGAAUCCCAACCAAAGCCUAUUGAAAGAGGAUCAGGAGAAAUAUCCUUGAAAGAUAUUUAUAGGAUUGACGAAAUUGUUAAAGGGAAGACCAAAGUGAAGUUAACAGAUGAAGAUAAAUAAUUUAUAAAAAUUAUUAUUUGUAAAAAUAAAAUAUCUGUAAAUAAUGUACAAAACUAAAGUGACAAAAAAUAAUUUAUUUCAUUUUAUAAAUA